AAUCGAGCAUUGAGCAAUUUGAUUAUUUUUUGUAUUCUAGAUGUUCCCUUUGGGGCCGGAUAUAAAUCCGAAGCGAUAGUCUACGGUUAUGGAUUUGUUACUUGGUUGGUCUGGUUCUCAUCCAUUAUUAUUCUAAAUCUAAUCUGGAACUAUGGAAGCUCCUGCAUUCCAAGUCCGUCUGCCGCCACUUCUCUCUGCUUUUUCGAGGAUUAGGAAAACUGAGGACCUCAAGGUUUCUGCGGGGAGACACUUGAAAGAUGGAUAUCCGUCCAUUGUGGCGAAAAAGGUACCAAGAAGGGCGAUUUUUCGGCUUGUGGGAGUUAAUGUGGUCUUUGGAAAUGUUUGUGCUGUUCUUGCUGCCCCAAUGCAGGAGAUGAGAGAACCAAAUGUACUAAGGACAGUCAAGCUUGCUAGUGGAGUAAGAAUACAAGACAUUGUUGAAGGACAAGGGCAGGAAGCUCAUGAAGGAGACACUGUUGAAUUUAAUUACGUAUGCCGGCGAUCGAAUGGAUACUUUGUUCAUAGCACUGUUGAUCAGUUUAGUGGAGAGAGUUCUCCGGUUAUACUUCCUUUGGAUGAUGACCAGAUCAUAAAAGGUCUAAAGGAGGUUUUGGUCGGCAUGAAGGUUGGAGGAAAGCGAAGGGCACUAAUACCUCCUUCUGUUGGAUAUACUAGCGACACUUUACAACCUAUUCCUGAAGAGUUUGGUCCUCGCCGUAGCCUUUUGUCUCAUGCAAAGGAGCCUUUAGUUUUUGAAGUCCAGCUCCUGAAAGUCCUAUGAGUAAUCUUUAUGAUUUCAAGUUUUCGAAAUCUUACAUGCCAGAUGGAAUUGAUGGACACCUUAGAUGAUCUUGUGAUUUCAUCCCUGAACAAGAUGUGUAAAUAGAUCAUCGAUCCAAUAUUAAUUCCUUGGCUUCACCUUCUUGUUUCCCAUUGUCAGUUGCUGCCAUCAUGUGUAGCUGACAAAUGCAAUGAUGGUGACCAAAUGAUGCAGCUUAGUAGCUGAUAUACGUUGUUGUAGCUGUGAAUUAUGGCUACUGAAGGUAAUGAUCAGCAUUGAGCAAUUUUUUCCGGUAGCCUCCCGUUAAGAAACCGCUGCAACAAUGAAUGGAAUUGCGGGAUUGUCCUAGCGAAUUAAAAUAUCAGCGACUAAUCUUUGGUUUGUGCACUUGAACGGAUUGCUCUCUGUGGAACUGGAGCUUUCUAUAAUUUGGCUCAAUCUUGAACUCAUUUAAAAAUUAGAAUAUGUUAUAUCUAUACCAAUUGAAUUUAGAUUUAAAUAUACAGAUGUCCUUUAUUUUUUUAAAAAUUAUGAUUGCACCUUUGAGGUUGUCGAUAUGAUUAUAAAUGCAUUCUUAUUUAAAAAGUUUACACACAUAUUUUUUAAGGUAUAUUACACUAAUAUUCUUAAGGGAACGUAUUUAUAAUUUUACAAAAAAUAAAAAAAAAUCAUUGCAACUUACCCUAAAAAGCUUGAAUCUAAGCUUGAGCUGGGCGAACUAGUAAAUUCAAAAUAUAGUACAAAUAUGGUAUCCUUUUGAGGUUUUUCCUUUUAAAACUUUAGCUUGCCGGGGCAU